UUGUCUUCCAGGUACAGGAAGUUGGCACUGAAAUACCACCCACUAAAAAACAAGGAGCCGUCGGCCCCGCAUCGGUUCAAGCAGAUUGCUGAGGCGUACGACGUUCUGAGUGACUUGAGGAAGAAGGCCACCUAUGACAAAUUUGGAGAGGAGGGUCUGAAGGGCGGAAUCCCAGCCGAAUUUGGAGGUGAAGAGGCCUGGACCUUGAGUUACAGUUAUCAUGGGAAUCCGGAGAAGACCUUCAAAGAAUUUUUCGGAGGAGAUAAUCCGUUUGAAGACUUUUUCACGCUGGAUGGCUCGGAGGUGAACACAGGGUUCGGAGGGCUACGAGGAAGAGGGGUGAAGAAACAAGGCCCACCCAUCGAGGGAGACCUCUACCUUUCAUUGGAGGACUUGUAUUUCGGCUGCACAAAGAAAAUGAAAAUUUCACGCAGGGUCAUGAAUGAAGAUGGUCACACAUCCAGCAUACGGGACAAAAUUCUCUCCAUUGAUGUCCAGUCUGGCUGGAAGCCUGGAACCCGGAUCACCUUCCCCAAUGAGGGAGACCAGGGUCCGAACAUUAUCCCAGCAGACAUCAUCUUCAUAGUGAAGGAGAAGCCUCACCCGCGCUUUGACAGACAAGGGGAUGAUUUGAUCUACACAGCGAACAUCGAUCUUGUGAAGGCUCUGACCGGCUGUACUGUGGAAGUGGAGACAUUAGACGAGAGAAUAUUGACUAUCCCCAUAAAUGAUAUUGUGCACCCCAAAUACAGUAAACUGGUUCCUGGGGAAGGCAUGAGGUUGGUCGGUGACCCCGGACUGAAGGAGACCUCAUCAUCCAGUUUGAUAUCCAGUUCCCGGAGCACCUGACACCACAGAAGAAGGGUCUCCUGCGCAAAGCCCUCCUGUCCUCGCCCACCUAA